GGAGGAGGGGGACGGGGGUAUUUCAUGGAACGCGUGAAGCAGUAGUCAAGAGAGAGCCCUGUCUUGGUAGAACUAUUCCACGGUUCCUGGUCAGGCAUCACUUUUCAUGCCUGAAUCGAGGGGCUGGUCAAGUCAAGACUCAUGUCGGCUUCUCGAAAAGAAGUUGUAUCCAAACAAUUGACAUUACAGACACUCCUGCCAAACAUGGCCAUCGACGCACACGUCAAGGAGUGGCAGCACCGCGCGGACGCCCUCAAGCUUCUCAAUCUCAAGCAGAUCGAAGGCCCUCUCGGCGAACUCGACGCACACCUCACCCUGCGAAGCUACAUUGUUGCCUACAGACUCACCGACGCCGACUUGACGGUAUGGAAGACGCUGCGAUCGAACCGAGUGGCCCACGCCUACAUCAAGCAGAACCUCAUGGUCAAUCUGUCGCGCUGGUUCAGCUUCAUUGAAGACACCGCCAAGCCCACCAUCGACCUCCCAGCAAGAGUCAAAGAGCCGGCAGACGAUGGCGCCAACUACGAAAUCGGCCUGCCAGACACCGAGAAAGGUGUCGUCACUCGUUUCCCUCCAGAGCCGUCUGGAUACCUCCACAUCGGCCACGCCAAGGCCGCACUGCUCAAUGACUACUUUGCGCACAAGAAGUACAAGGGCAAGUUGAUCGUCCGUUUCGACGACACCAACCCGUCGAAGGAGAAGGAGGAGUUCCAGGACAGCAUUCUGAAGGACUGCGAGCUGCUUGGCAUCAAGCCUGAUCAAGUGACAUACACCAGCGAUUACUUUCAGGACCUGUAUGAGCGCUGUGUGCAGAUGAUCAAGGAUGGCCACGCAUACGCAGACAACACCCCGCAAGAGCAGUUGCAGAAGGAGCGCAUGGAGAAGAUUGAGUCACAACACCGCAAUGACUCCAUUGAGGACAACCUCAAGCACUUCGAGGAGAUGAAGACGGGCAGUGAGGAAGGCAAGAAGUGGUUCAUUCGUGCCAAGCUCGACAUGAGCUCAAACAACGGCGCUAUGCGGGAUCCAGUCAUCUACCGCUGCAACCCAGAUCCACACCACCGAACUGGCAGCACCUGGAAGAUCUAUCCGACGUACGACUUCGCAUGCCCGGUCGUGGACUCAGUCGAGGGUAUUACCCACGCACUGAGAACCACCGAGUAUAAUGAUCGUGACGCCCAGUACCAAUGGUUCAUCAAGACUCUUAACCUUCGACCUGUACACAACUGGAACUUUGCGCGCAUGAACUUCAUCAAGACUUUCCUGUCGAAGCGGAAGCUCACAAAGGUCGUUGAGGAAGGCAAGGUGUGGGGCUGGGAUGAUCCACGUAUGCCGACUGUACGUGGUAUUCGUCGUCGUGGUAUGACCAUUCCCGCACUGCAGGAAUUCAUCGUCAAGCAAGGCCCAUCCAAGAACAUCAUCACCAUGGACUGGACCACAAUCUGGGCCACGAACAAGAAGUACAUCGACCCUAUCGCUGCUCGAUACACUGCUGUCGAAGCCAAGGACAAGGUUAUAUGUACCGUUGCCGGAGCUCCGGAGGCCGCCCGCACUGAGGAGAAGGAUGUCCACCUCAAGAAUGCUGAGCUUGGCAAGAAGAAGGUGGUUUUCAGCAAGAACAUCAUCCUCGAUCAAGCCGAUGCCCGCUCUUUCGCUGAAGGCGAGGAGAUCACCUUGAUGAACUGGGGCAAUGCCAUCGUCAAGUCCAAGAAGCAUAGCCUCAAUCCACUCAACCUGGUCAAGUCCGAGGAGAACAAGCCAGUAACGGAGCUUGAGCUUGAGCUGCACCUCCAAGGUGAUGUCAAGAAGACUAGCAAGAAGGUCACUUGGCUCUCCACGGAUCAGGAACUUGUCCCACUCGUCAUGUAUGACUUUGACUACUUGAUCAAGAAGGACAAGCUCGAGGAGGACGAUAGACUGGAGGAUGCGCUGACCGAGGUGACUGAGUUCAAGACUGAGGCGCUGGCUGACUGCAACAUCGCCAACCUGAAGGAGGAUGACAUCGUGCAGUUUGACCGCAAGGGUUACUUCCGCAUCGACAAGGCCUUCAAGCAUGGCGAGAGCGUUGUGGCCUUCCAGAUCCCAACUGGAAAGAAGAUGUGAUCCAAUUUCGAAUUCAAGGCAAUCGAGGAAAGCGUUACGACUUAGGUACAGGUAGAUGAUUGACGCAAAGACGAAAAGCUGUCGGCACUGCCGCUGCACUCC